AUGCUCAACGAAUUGAACGAAGCGGGGAAUAGAAUAGGACUGCGAAUAAACAGGAAGAAGACACAGUUCAUGAAGAACGCUUACUGCGAGGACGGAGGAGUACAACUUGAAGGCUCCCAAAUCGUGGAAACUUCAUCACACGUGUACCUUGGACGUUCUAUGAACAUGGAAAACGACUUGAAGGAAGAACUGAAUAGAAGAAUGAGAGCAGCAUGGGUAGCAUUCGCAGCCGUCAGGGAAGCUACGGACCAACUGACGGACCAAGACCUUCGUGCCCAUCUGUUCGACUCGACAGUUCUUCCAGCGCUCUGUUACGCAGUGGAGACGUGGGCAGACACCACUGCCACGUGUAGGAAGCUACUUACUACCCACAGAGCCCUUGAGAGAUAUCUUCUGAAGUUUAACCGGCGAACACAAGACCUAGCCGGUCUUCGCAGCUCCGACUUAAGAGGAAUGUCCCGUCUUUGCGACCCAGCGGAAUAUGUAUCGAAAGCAAAACAUAAAUGGGCCGGUCACAUCAUGAGAAGAAUCGACGAUAGAUGGACUAAAAGAACGCUAGAGUGGAUCCCAAGAGAUACUAAACGCCCUCGAGGGAGACCGCCAACGAGAUGGGGUGACGUGUUCGCUACACGGACGGACCAGCUGAAAGCUCAGCUGGAUACGGCUCAAGGACCUCGUCAACGUCACUCACGAAACUUGAGAACAUCUUGGAUGACAAUGGCGAGGGAACGAAACGAGUGGAAGAGAUGCUGGGGCCCGCACGUCCAGUGA